AUGAAACAACGAAUUAGUAGGGUAGGUUCCGUGAAAUUAAACACUAAAAGUCCAAUUAAUAAUAUCAACAUGUCUGAAGAAGCUGAAGCCAAGCCAGAUGUCAAGGCCGAAGGUCAACAACAUAUCAACUUGAAAGUCAGUGAUGGUUCUUCUGAAAUUUACUUCAAGAUUAAGAGAUCCACUCCAAUGAAAAGAUUGAUGGAAGCCUUUUGUAAAAGACAAGGUAAAUCACUUGAUAGUUUGAGAUUUUUGAGUGAUGGUGAAAGAGUCAGUCCAGAAAACACCCCAGAUGAUUUGGAUUUAGAAGAUGGUGAUGUCAUCGAAGCCCAUCGUGAACAAAUUGGUGGUUGUCUUUAA